CGGGCCCCUGGGGAUGCGCGGCCAAGUGGUCCACCUCGAGGGUUACGUUUGUGCCCCUUAAGGAAGCUGUAGUCUACGUGUUUACGGCCAGAGAUUAGUGAGCGCAGUUUAAUAAUCUCCUCGUCUAAAAGUUUUUAUUGACUAUGGCGCACUUCCAGUUACAUGACUUCCACUCACAGUUCAUUGAGGGAUUAUUGUGACUCGUUACAGUCUACUCUGGGAUCCAACAGUGAACGAUACAGGCGCUUUCUUACCCUGAACUGUGGGAAGCUGGGGAGUCGUGGAAGUGGUGGGGAGAGACAUAAACAUGACUUAGAACACCUCAGGCCUCUGCUCAGAACCCUCUCAUGGUUUCCCCUGUCAACGUUUUUAAUAAGCUCGUUCUUUGUCCAAAACUUAACGCUGGAUUUUCCUUCCUAAUCUGUUGGUCCCUCACCCUUCGCCAUUUUAGUAAAUGUGACUCUGUGAGUACGGAUCUGUUUGUCUUUUGUUUCUGGCUGUACUACUGACAACUGUCUGGCAUGUAGUACGCACUCCUUACUUAUGGAUUAAAUGAAAAAAACCUAGUCUUUCAUAGAUUGGGUUAAAGAAAAGAAAGAAGGUUCUAGAUAGAAUGAAUCACACGUUCAAAGGACCCAGUGGGGCACAAGUUAAGGAACUUAAAACCUGGCAUGCUAAGGAACUUAGUCUGGCAGGAGCUUAGCUAAGGAAGGGGGAGUGGCCUGGAAUAAGGUCUGGGAGGUGGGAGGGAGCCAGAUCCUGACAGGUCCUAAGGAGUCUGCUUUUCAGUCAAAGCAUUGUGGGUUUUAAGCAGGAGAAUGAUAAGAUCUAAUGUAAAAAUGUCAUCCUGGGUGCUGGAUGGGGUUUGGACUGUUGAGAUCAAGAGUGGGAGACCUCAGCCUUUUAUUCCAUUGCAUCAUUCAGCGGUUUUCAGCCUUGGCUGCGCACUCAGGAUGCUUUAAAAAAUGCAGAUACCCAGGCUGCAUUCCAAAUCAGUUAGAGCCUCUGGGGGUGGGACCCAGGCAUCAGUUUUGUUUUGUUGUUUGGCACCCUUUUUUUCCCCAAGUGCCCCAGCCAAUUUCAGUGUGUAGCCAGUGCUGAGAACCAUUAGUCUCAUAGAUCUGAACCCAUUUUACCUUUUCAGCCUUAGCUCUUACUCCGCUUUUCACUCACUAUGUGGGCUACUUGGCCAUUCCUUACACAUACUUUGUGUAUUCCUAUUCCUGUGCUUUUGAAGACAUAUGUAGCUGAGGGACUAGAGUGAGUAGGAAGCCUCCCUCCCCCCAAUCUAUCAGACUCUCCUGGAAGCUCCUCUCCAGCCGUCUAAUAAAAACAAUCUUCUUCCUCUCCAUGCUCCUGUUUGCACUGGCAUUUCUGUUGGCAGUGAUCACAAUCUGCACUGUAUUGCGGGUAAUUGCCUUCCUGGUUUAUUCACUCAUGUUUUCAACAAAUAUUGCACUGUUUGGUCAGGUGCCCUGCUAGGAUCCAUGCUGGGGUGCAUGUCUUGCUAGUCAGGUCCUAGAACAUACUACACUGGUAAAGACAGUUUUUCCCUCUAGUAGCUUAGAGUCUAGAAGGGGGUACAGGGAGGCCACUCUUGGCAAUACAAAUUUCCUGAGAUAAUUGUUCAAAUGGAGAUUUGUCCAAGUACUGUGGGAGCAUGAGAAAAGGUGUGCCUUGGGAUUUUGAGGGCAAGUUUCACAGCCAUUUGAGUAUUUGAACUGAAAUUCGAAGGCUGAUUUGGUGUUUGCUUGGUGUAAGCUAGGUAUGGAAUAGACCAAGGAAAAGCUUUCCAGGUAGAGACAGCAUGUUAAAGAUAGGAAAGACUACGGUGUUUUCAGAGCCCAUGUAACAGUUUUGCUGAAGUGUCAAGCGUGAGGGAUUGUCAGAAGGUAGGUAGGCAGACAUCAGGUUAUGAAAUCCCAUGGGCUAUAUGUGAAGUUUUUAAAUUUUACCCAGUACUAGAGGGAGGCCACUUAAAAAUUUGAGCUGGGGAGCGAUGCAGUAGGAUUUCCAUGUCAAGACAAUUAUAACAUGGACGAUCAGAGAUUAGAGUAGACAGGGGCUGAAACUAGAGAGAAAGGCGGGGGCUGGUAAAGGGCUGGUGCUGGUGAAGCUAGGAGGAGCAGUGUCACUGUUGUGGUUGAGGCUAGUGAAGUUAGGAGGAGCAGUGUCACUGUUGUGGCUGAAGCUAGUGAAGUUAGGAGGAGCAGCGUCACUGUUGUGGCUGAGGCUAGUGAAGUUAGGAGGAGCAGCGUCACUGUUGUGGCUGAAGCUAGUGAAGUUAGGAGGAGCAGCGUCACUGUUGUGGUUGAGGCUAGUGAAGUUAGGAGGAGCAGCGUCACUGUUGUGGCUGAGGCUAGUGAAGUUAGGAGGAGCAGUGUCACUGUUGUGGUUGAGGUUAAUGAAGUUACGAGGAGCAGUGUCACUGUUGUGGUUGAGGCUAGUGACGUUAGGAGCAGUGUUACUGUCGUGGCUGGCUCUGGUGAAGUUAGAAGGAGUAGUGUCACUGUUGUGGCUGAGGCUAGUGAAGUUAGGAGGGACAGUGUCACUGUUGUGGCUGAGUCUAGUGAAGUUAGGAGGAGCAGUGUCACUGUUGUGGUUGAGACUGAAUAUGAACUACAGUGAAUUGAGGAGUGAACCCCUCUUAGAAGCCUGGUUGGGAAAGGAAGGAAUGCUAUGGGAGGUUAGUCCGAAGGGAGAUGCAGGAUCAGGGUUUUAGAAAAUAUUUUUGACUAGUGAAUGACACUCAGGUCCAUACGCUGAUGAGACAGAUCCAAUGGAAAGACUUGAAAACAUGGGAAAGAGUAAGUAAAUGAAGGGAAAACUGGCUGAACAAGCCCCUGAGGAGGCAGGAGAAGAAAGGACCCAAGCACAAGUAGUUGGUUGAACCUUGAAGAGAAAGUUGCAAGAUGGGUCCCGGAAGCAGGAUGCAGUUGUCAUUCUGUAAUCCUGAUGGCCUCAGCUUUCUCCGUGACUUGAGAGGCAGCAGUUGAGACUACAUGACAGUAACGAUGACACUGAAGAUGUUUCACUGUUUGAUGCUGAAGAGGAGACAACUCAUAGACCAAAAAAAUCCAAAAUCAGACACCCAGUGGCAUCAUUUUUCCAUUUAUUCUUUCGAGUCAGUGCAAUUGUAGUCUAUCUUCUGUGUGAAUUGUUCAGCACCAGCUUUAUUGCCUGUAUGGUGACAAUUAUCUUGUUGUUGUCAUGUGACUUUUGGGCAGUGAAGAAUGUCACAGGUAGACUAAUGGUUGGCCUGCGUUGGUGGAAUCAUAUCGAUGAAGAUGGAAAGAGCCACUGGGUGUUUGAGUCCAGGAAGGCAUCUUCUCAAGACAGCAAAACUGCUUCAGAGGCUGAAUCAAGAAUUUUUUGGUUAGGACUUAUUACAUGUCCGGUGUUGUGGGUGAUAUUUGCCUUCAGUGCGCUUUUCUCCUUCAGAGUGAAGUGGUUGGCCGUGGUUAUCAUGGGUGUGGUGCUACAAGGUGCCAACCUGUAUGGCUACAUCAGAUGUAAAGUGGGCAGCAGAAAGAAUUUAACCAGCAUGGCUACCUCUUAUCUUGGAAAGCAGUUUUUAAGACAAAACACAGAAGAUGAUCAGACUUGAUAACUAGGGAAAGCGUAUGUGUCCUGUUACACCGGAGAAUGACUGAAAAAAUUCUUGACUCUGAACCUUUUAGAGCUCAGUACAUGUUACAAAGAGUAGUACUGAGUUUGUUUUUCCAAUUAUUGAUUUUAAAAAACAGUGGUUUUCAUUUUCUUUCCGGCAGUUGAGGAUUGAAGGUAUGGUGUCCCUAGAAACGCCGUCAGAAUUUCCUGGUGGUGUCCUGGUGUGCGCGCAGCUCUGUGGUAUCUGCGUAUCCCCAGUCAGUUAGCGUUUGGGCUCACAUGCGUGUGCAGUGAAGAACCUUGCGUUUGGAUCCGUGGUUAUUUGUAGGAGGGUGUUCUUAGUCUUAAAGCUCUGUGUAUUUACAUUUUGUUUCUGUUGAUUUGAAGAAGAAAGCUUUGCUUCCAUGGAAGAGUAAGCACUUUGGUUUAUCUUUACAUUAGAAAUGAUCCUUAUCCUAAACAUGCUACAAGUAAAAAUCAGAUUUGGGCCAGUGGUGUUAGUUUCUAAAAUUUUCUUUUUAUUUGUAAUAAGUCAUGUACUUAGAGGCUCAAUUUAUGUAAAUAGAAUUUUCGUAGUUUAUAUUUAAUGGAUACCUAGAGAUUGCUGCUGCUCUAUUUAUUUUAUGGAAAGACUAGCAAGAUUUUACUGUGGAAUUCCCUGGAAGCUCUUCAGUAGCCCUCAGCCAAAUGAAAUCUGUCUUUUACCACUCAGAGAAUAUUAUUCUUACGUCAUAGUGAGUUAUGUCAUAGAGUAAUCAUUUAGAUACUUGGCAUAGCAAGUGUCUAAAGGACAUUUUGUUUUGUGAAUCUAUUUUUUUCUUGCUAUAAUGGGAUAUUGUAAAUCGUUCAUUUGUAUUAAUGAUAUUUCUUAAAGCAAUAUAUUUAACUGUAAACUAAACCAACCUGUACAAACUAUUGUAGUAAUCUAAAUUCUGUUGUGGGUACUGUAAACAUUGUGGGAGUCUUUUAAUCAACAUAUUUUGUGAUUGUAUUUAUACAUUGUUAAAAUUUUUUAAAAGAUGUUUAAUUGAAUAAGUGUCUGUUGGAGUGAUAGCUUUGAAGGUGCAUAACUUUAUAUUUGUAUAAAACUUGACUGUUUGCAAAAGCACUUUGACUUGUGUACUCUCACUUAACUCUCUCAGCAGGCCUGUUACAUAUGAUCUGUGUUUAUAGAUGACGAAACUGAACCUCAGGUUGAAUGGUUUUCCCAAGAAGCACAGAUUACAAGAGCCAUCAGGAUUUGUAACAGUUUUUAAAGGAAAUAAUUGCGUCUAAAUAUCUUUUCUUUAAAAAAAAAAAAAAAAACAGUUGCCAUCGAGUCAGUUCGGACUCGUGGUGACCCCAUGUGUGUCUGAGGAGAACUGUGCUCCACAGGGUUUUCAGUGGCUGAUUUUUGGGAAGUAGAUCAUCAGGCCCUUCUUCCGGGGCACGUCUAGGUGGACUCAAACCACUAACCUUUUGGUUAGCAGCCACGUACGUUAGCUGUGUCACCCAGGGACGUUUCCUUUCUUAAAAACCCAGUGCCCAGGGAACGUUAAUUUAUUAAGUGCUUUUUCACAAUUUUACUUACUAUUUAGCUGUUUCAUUGAAUGAGAUUAGUUGAUACUGUACUAAGGUUGUGUUUUUAUUUCUUUGAAAGCUCUAACUCUUUAUGAUUGAGAGUCUGUCAGGGGGCAUACUGGUAUGGUUGUUGAGGUAACUGUGUUGUGUAUUUGAACCUGCAGUCCUAAACCAAAUAGGAAUUGAGUUUUCUUAGGAAUAUGCAUGUGGCAGAGUCUACCACUUACCCUCCAGUGUCCAUUUUCUCCUUCUACAGUAAUAAAACCUGGAAUAAAGGCCACUUGUCUUAGAUUUCCUGGCUUCAUGAGUGAAAGUGCGUCAUGUUGCAGGAGCACAGCUAAGACUGAGGUAGGUAAAACUGUGCACCGAAGGUUGCGUAUAGCAGAGAUAGCAGUGUUCACCAAAUAACCCGUCAUUUCCCCUACAUUUCCCAGUCCCUGAAUUAGUGGGGGGCCAUGUGGCUACUUAUAGCCAAUGAAAUGCGUCACGUCCGGGGGAAGAAGUGCAAAGUCUUCACGUGACCUCUCCAGCCUUCCCCUUCUGUGGCAGCCAGUGGCACCUGGGAUGAUGGAAGCUCUGUUAUCCUGAGUCCCUGGGUGACCUGUAGAACAGAACCUUCCUACUCCUCUUGGACAAACAGCACAAGUGAGAAAUAAACCUUUGGCAAGCUCAACCAGUUGAUUUCCUGGUUAAUUUGUUUCUAUAACGUUAUAACCUGAUACUCAGAAAACUUUAAAAAAAAAAAAUCCUUGUUCAGUAGUCUUUGUCGUUCUUCAAUUUCCUGUUGCAAGGAAAGAAAUUGGAUUCCUUGCUGCUUAGUGCAGGCUUGCACAUUUUGGUGGAGCCUACAGAUGCUGUAAAUGGGUGACACUAACCAGGGAAAAGUGUCAGCUAGGAGAUCUGUGUCCAAUCCCUCACCGUGUGUGCUGCCAAGCAGGAGUACCCCCCUUCUGCUAGAUCUUUUGGCUUUUCAAGAAAAAUAAGAAAUCUGGAUGCUUAUAUGAAAUUUGAUCAUUAAAUGCUGUAAAUUAAGUUUAAAAAGGAACAAGAAAACAUGCAAAGCCAGGCUAAACAUUUGCAGGUCACAUCCAGCUGUGGCUAACCAUUGCUAUUAGUGCAGUGAUUUUCAAGCAUUUUUCAACUAGUGGAACUCUUUCUUCAAAUAAAAUCUUUUGUCAAAGCCUAGUAUCUACAGUAAGUAAAGCAAAACAGCUCUAGUAGAAGCAGGACUAGGGAGUCCUGAACCAUCGGCUCGACGCUGACCACCAGCUUCCAAGGAACCACUGCCAGGAAAGUGAAACCGAAGUCUACUGGUUUUACAGGGUACAGGGUAAAAUGGUAUGUAAAUAUACUUUUCAAAUGUAUGUAAAUAAAUAUCUAAUUCUUUUAAGAAAAGAGGAAGCAUGCCUUAAAGCAUUUAUAUUGUAAUUUUUACAAGAAAGGAGGAAACAUUUCCUCAAGAAAUCAUAAUUCAGUGCCAAGAAAAAUUUAAUCUUAUACAUUACUUGUUCCAACUGGGAUUAAUUUUUUAAAAAAUUAAACACUUGUGAUCAGGAAAGCAACUUGUACAGAAGAGCUUACAAAGAAAAGCAAGGGCCCAUCCUGCCCCCAGUUCUGUUCCGAGGAGCAAACAUCUUUGUUUGUGUUUUUAUAUUUUUAGGUAGAUAACCCCUGUACCUCUAAAUAAUGUGCUUACAGUGUUUCUUGGUUUAUCAACUUCAUGUUAACUGUUGACUUCCUGUUGUGAAAAAUGAAUACUUAAAUCUCCCACCACGUUCAGAGCAUUGCAGUGUUAAAGGCGCUACAUAAACCUUGUUUUUAUUCCAUCAGUUAUAUGUUGUACCCGUUGACUUCAUCUAUUAGGAAUUUGUCUAGUUACAAAUAACAGUGGUUUAAAAACAAAUAAUAGUGGCUUAAACAAAAAAGCUUUUUUCUUUUCCCUCACGUAAGAAGUCUGGAAGGAGACAGUUACUUGGUGUUGAUUGACCUACUCAACAGUUCCAUCAAGGAUCCUGACGUUUUGCUGUCCUCGGCUGGUUUUUGUCCCCAUGCUCAUUGCCUCAUGGUCACAAGAUGCUGCCACAGGUGAAGAGGACACAUCUAUUUUUAAAGGAAGGAAUAAAGAAGGAAGCCCCAGU